UAUUUAUGAGGAAAAACUUCAUUUGCAAUUUGCAGGCAGCAGCAACGUUAAAUCUGAAUGAAAAGGCGUGUCCGUGUUUUCUUUCCAGUUGAAGAUCAGUGUGUCUGUGUGAGUGUGAAUAAAUAUAAUUUGAGGCAUCAUGAGCACACUUGUUCGCAACACCACCCUCACCUUCAGCCGCAGAUACAGAUACGAGCUUCUUGGUCUGCAGGGCAACAAAGACAAGAUGCUCAAAUCCAUCAGCUACAGACGCAGAAGGGCUAAGCAAAGGAAAGUCUUUCUCACUACCUACAAGCUUUCUUCCUUGGACAAUAACACUUUUGUCGAGCCUCAAAAGCCUAAGCUAAAGCUCAAGAAGGUUGCCGUUAAGGUCAAGAAGAUUAUGGCCUCGGUUUUGAUGUUCAUGCGAGUUGGUUCUCUCAGGUCCUGCGCUUCUAGGCCUGCCAUUUCUGAUGGACCUUCGCCAGUUCCUAAUAGGAAAAACAUUUGAUGAUGAUGAUGAUGUUGGCUCUUACUGGGUUUGGGAUGAUUCAUAAUUUUUCUCUAGGAUUUAAGAAGACAUUUAUGUGGCAGAUGAUGGAAAAAAGGGUUACCAAAUGUUGUGUAUAUAAUGCUUGAUCUAAUGUCUAAUCGAUUAUAUUAAACCUCUUUCUGGGAUUUUUCUUUAAUGAUAUGCCAUGUUUCUGUUUUCUAUCA